AUGGUCAAUCGUGUUAUUCUUACGCCUACAAAUGAAUGUGUUGACUACAUUAAUAGACUUUUGCUUGAAAAAAUUCCUAGUCAAAGUUUCACGUACUAUAGUUUUGAUGAAGCUAUUGAGAAAUUAGAACAAAGCCUACAGGAAGACUUCUUGAAUACUUUGACACCUAAUGGUAUUCUACCUCAUGAGUUGAAACUGAAGAUGAAUUGUCAUGUAUUGUUAUUACGAAAUAUCAAUCAUUCCGAGGGGUUAUGCAAUGGAACACGCCUUACCUGUCGAAAAUUUGAGAGAAAUGUCAUUCUUGCUGAAAUCACAAUUGGUGAAUAUCGUGGAAAACAAAUAACAUCAAUUAUUGUUGCAAGCUUUGUUGAUAAAUCUUGUAUUUAUUUUUGUAUUCUAUUUAGAUUUAUUUUCAUCCAAUUGUCAAAGUUAAAACUUUUUAAGAUGGAAUUUGGUGCUGACUUGUUGUGUGAAGAUGUCUAUUUUCCCGUUUAA